UAUAUCCCAAGUUUCUUUUCUGCUGUAAACAUGUCGAAAGAUGAAUCGAUAUAUCCUCGCCACCAUCUUCUCCUUCUUCUUCUUCUCGUUUUCUUGACGAGUUUCAUUGUCGUCAAUGGAGACGAGCAAAAGAAUUUCUAUAUAGUUUACAUGGGAGAUCGUACUAUCACCAAAGAAGCUGCAGCUCAGAGGCACAUAGAUAUCCUCUCAGAUGUGACAGGAAGCGUUGUUUCUGCCACGGAGUCUAUCGUCCACAGCUAUACUAAGAGCUUCAAUGCAUUCGCGGCAAAGCUCUCACCCAGCGAAGCGACCAUGUUGGCAACCAUGAACGGCGUCAUCUCUGUGUUUCCGAAUCGAUAUCACAAGCCACAGACUACCAGAUCAUGGGACUUUAUUGGGUUUCCUCAGACAGUAAGGAGAAGAUCGAACAUGGAGAGCAACAUAAUUGUGGGCCUAAUAGAUACUGGGAUCAAUCCGGAGUCGGAGAGCUUUAGUGACAAGGGUUUUGGACCUCCGCCGGUGAAAUGGAAGGGGACUUGCGGACCAUAUGCUAACUUCUCUGGAUGCAACAAUAAGCUCAUAGGCGCCAGAUAUUUCAAGCUUGAUGGGGAACACGACCCAUCAGACAUCUUAUCACCAGUGGACGUACAGGGCCAUGGCAGUCAUACAUCAUCGACUGCGGCAGGAAACCCAGUAGAGAGUGCAAGCCUCUAUGGGCUGGCGCGAGGGACGGCUCGGGGUGCGGUUCCCUCUGCGAGGAUUGCAGCGUAUAAGGCGUGCUGGGUGAGCACCGGAUGCUCGGACAUGGACCUUCUCGCCGCAUUUGAUGCAGCUAUUACAGAUGGUGUCGAUGUCAUUUCCAUCUCCGUUGGCGAAGACAACCCUAACUAUGUGAGUAACGCCAUAGCUAUUGGAUCCUUCCACGCCAUGAAACACGGGAUCAUUACGACGGCGUCUGCCGGAAAUGAAGGGCCUAGUCCAGGGAGCUUGUCUAACCAUGCACCAUGGAUUUUGACAGUGGCUGCCAGUGGCAUGGACCGCUCCUUUAGGAGCACUGUUGUGUUGGGCAAUGGCAAGAAGUUCUACGGAAUCGGAGUGAACUUCUUCUCUCCCAAGAGAAGAUUUUAUCCCCUUGUCAGUGGGGCUGAUGCAGCCAUGAAUUCCACACCAGAAGUAGCGGAAGGUGCAAGGUUCUGUAUGGAUGACGCGUUGGACCCUGCCAAGGUGAAGGGUAAGCUUGUUCAUUGCGAGCUAAUGGUGUGGGGUGCUGAUUCAGUCGUCAAACGCCUUGGAGGGAUCGGUACCAUUUUAGAAAGUAGCAACGCAGUUGAUGUAGCUCAGAUUUUCAUGGCACCAGGAACUAUGGUGGAUCCAAUCAUCGGCCAAGAUGUUAGCAACUACAUAAAUUCCACAAGAUCACCAUCGGCAGUGAUAUUCCCAACCCAGCAGGUGAACAUCUCGGCUCCAUUUGUGGCUUCAUUUUCCUCUCGUGGACCAAAUCCAGGAUCCAAGCGCAUUCUCAAGCCAGACAUUGCUGCACCGGGCAUCGACAUCUUGGCAGCAUACACCCCUCUGAAUUCACUUACAGGGUUGCGGGGUGAUACCCAAUAUUCCAAAUUCACACUCAUGUCUGGAACUUCCAUGGCAUGCCCCCAUGUUGCUGGUGUAGCUGCCUAUGUAAAAUCAUUCCAUCCAACUUGGUCUCCAGCUGCAAUCAAAUCCGCCAUUAUCACCACUGCCACGGCCAUGAGCCCAGUAGUCAACAAUGAUGCAGAAUUUGCGUAUGGUGCUGGUCUGCUGAACCCGAUCCAAGCUGUCAGUCCCGGUCUAGUCUACGACAUGGAUUACUUUUCCUACCUUCCGUUUCUAUGUGAAGAAGGCUACGGUGGUCCAUCCUUGGGUAUUAUUGUGGGUUCGAAGGCUAUAAAUUGUUCAUCCUUGCCACCUGCACGCGGCACCGACGCUCUCAACUAUCCUACCAUGCAGUUGAGCAUGAAGAAAGGGCGUUUAGAAACAGUUGGGGUGUUUCUGAGGAGAGUCACCAAUGUUGGCCCCCCUGCUAUCGUCUACAAGGCCACCGUCCACGCACCAUAUGGUGUUCGGAUCACUGUGAAACCCACGAUUCUAUCCUUCUCUCGUACCAACCAGAAAAGGAGCUUCAAGGUUGUGGUGAGGGCGAAACCCAUGAGAGCUGCAGCCAUGCUAUCAGGUUCGCUGGUGUGGAGAAGCUCUUACCACACUGUAAGAAGCCCAAUUGUUGUGUAUGAGCCACAGAACCUCUGAUAUCAAAUUUAUGCAAAUCUAAUUGAAAGAAUCAAUGCAUGAAUGAAGAGCUUGCAUUUGGAAUUA